CUGAAUAAAGUUUUACCCCCAGUCUUCCACAGCACGUUGCGUUUUGUGGUAACCACUUGAGCCUCCUUCCAAAUUCUUCUUGAAUUUGUACUGAAUGCAGUCAAGCCUCGACACAGACCGUCUCCAUCACUACUUUCCUGGAGUAAAACAUCAUUAAUGAAAGCUUCUCCAGUUAGCUUAGCUUAGCUGAAUAGAAAGCGACGCAUUUAUUAGCAACUCUCAAGUGUUGUGAUAAUUUUUUUUGGGAAAAUGUGUGCAAAAAGUGUGAAAGAAGAGUACGAGGUGGAACUUUCUCAAAUCAAAGACGAGAACGAAAGUCAACUACUCGACGCUCUUUUCAUGAAGCCUCCACUUUUGUUACACAAUGCAGAUGUCAGUGAAGAUCUUCAUGCUGAGCAGCAUGAGUGGAACUCCAGUGCUGAACAGCGGGAGCUAGAGCACUCUCACAUUAAAGAAGAAGAAGAGCCAAAAAAAACCCACGUAAAAGCAGAAGAGGACAAGCCAGGGGUCCCCUUUGUUAAAGAAGAGGAGGUUGAUAUAAUUAAGUUUCCCUUGAUUGUUGUGAAGAGUGAAGAUGAUGAUGAAGGUGAUGGAGAACACUGCGGAGGGUCACAAGCAGACUGCCUCAUAGCUCCACUAUCAGACAGUGACGACUUAACAUCACACUCUGAUGACACUGGUGAUCAACAUUCUGAAGGUGAUAUGAUAUGUCACACUGACGACACACACUGGAAAUGCUCGCAGUGUGGGAACACAUUUAGUUCAAAGUGGGAUUUCAAAGUUCACAUAAGAAGUCAUGAAGAAGAAAAACCUUUCAGCUGUUCAGACUGUGGGAAAAGAUUUACCCGAAAGGGACAUUUGAACAUACACACAAGAUCACACACUGGAGAGAAACCUUUUUGCUGCUCAGUUUGUGGGCUUCGAGUAACUCAAAAGUUUAGUUUAACAAAUCACAUGAGAACGCACACAGGAGAGAAGCCUUUUGUCUGCUCAGUUUGUGGUAGCAGAUUUUCUAUAAAGGGCCAUUUACAAAUACACACAAGAACACACACUGGAGAAAAACCUUUUGCCUGCUUAGUGUGCGGUAAAACAUUUUCUGUAAAGGGAUAUUUAAGAAGACACACAAGAACACACACUGGGGAGAAACCUUUUUCCUGCUUAGUGUGUGGUCUUAAAGUAACACAAAAGUUUAUUUUAACAAAUCACAUGAGAACGCACACCGGAGAAAAACCUUUUGCCUGCUCAGUUUGCAGUAAAAGAUUUGCUCGUCAAGCACAUUUAAACUUACACACAAGAACACACACUGGAGAAAAACCCUUUGCCUGCUCAAUCUGCACCUUACACUUCAGUGAACGUUCAAAAUUGAUUCAACACAUGAGAACACACACUGGUGAGAAACCGUUCAGUUGCAGUGUGUGUGAUGUAAGAUUCUGUCAUCAGUAUCAGGUUAAGAGACAUAAGUGUGCUGGUGAGAAGAGGAGCAGGUAAAAAAAAAGCUACAGAACGCACGGUUGACUAUCUCAGAAAAUGAACAAAAACAGCUCAUGCAUAAUCAUGUCGAACACAGAAAAAUUCAGUGUGGCCAACAUUAUCCCCUGACCUCAACCGUAUUGAUAACCUGCAGCGCAUCUUGAAAUGAAAGGUGUAUAGAGUAAAUGCCAAUAUACCUGCAAACAACUACAUUGGUAGGCAAUUCUUACAUAAUAAUUUGGUACACUAUUCUGAGUAACUUUGUAUGUUUUGUAUGUAUGUUUUUUUUUUUUUUUUAAUGAAAUAGCAUUGACUUCGUGGUUGUUUUGUUCAACAAAAUCCUGAAUGUUCGAGAACAAUUUUUAAAAAUUUAUUCGCUGUAAAUCACAGUCUAACCUAGAAAAUGAACAAAAACAGCUCGUCUAAUAAAAAGACAUCUUUACACCAGG